GUGCGCUUUACUGCUCUCACAUGCUUCUACAGAGAAGGCACUGUGUGCGAUAAAAAGAAAAAAACGCGUGACGUCACGGCCUUUAAAAUUUUCAUGACAAUAAAAAAAGGGUAGUUUCCAGCUCUCCUUUUUUUCUUCUUUACCAGCAUCUACAUUCCAAAAUGUCAGAAACCGAUAAGCCCUUGUCUUAUGCCCUGUGUGCACUGCUGAUGUACCCGAUCGCUUUAGCGUAUAUCGCCUGUCGUUGGCUAAUUGCCGCGACAUUUCCCUUUUUUUCUUUCCUGCUGCUGCCGUCCUUGUCUGCGUCGUCCGGUUUUCUGUCGUUGUUGCUGCCCGCGACAUUCAGUUUGUUUCUGCCUUUGGGCGAAUACCGUUGCCGUGAGACGCGUCCCGCCAUGGGCCUGAAUGAGGCCGGCGCUCGAGAGCUUGCUGUAGUGGCGGCUCCUGCAGUGGUUGUUCCUGCUCCCGUGCACGUUGUGCAGCUGGAUGAGUUGAGUGUGCAGUCAAUGGCUCUUCGUAAGAAUGAUGCCCAGCCUUCGGGUGCUGACGCCAGCCUUCCAGUCUCGCCUUCGUUGCCACCUGCGGUCGAUAUCCUCCCUGCUGUGCCUAACGGCAUCGACGUCCCCUCAUUUGCAGUUGUCGAUGAGGCUCCCAUUGACCAAGUUGUGCGUAAUCCGUCCCCAGUGACGUUGCCUUCUUCCGCGUCCUUGGACCAGCUCCCAUCGCAGCUGCCAGUAGCAGGUGAUUUUGCUGCUGAGGACCAUGGUGUGGUUGGCUCGCUUGACGAACAGGCCUCUGUGCCUGUUGUUUCUGUGCGCUCCGUUCGCCGCCAGCCCCGUCACCGCCAUCAUCAACACCUCCGUCGCCAACACCCGGUUUCUUCUUCGUUCCGCGCUCCUCACCACCACCACCACCGGGAUCAUCAAAUCCGCCACCACCGUCACCAUUACUUGCCGCUCGUUGCCCCGUCCGUUCCUUCUGCUCCUGUUUCUGUUUCUGCUCCUGUUCCUGUUCCUGUUCCUGUCUCUCUCGUCAACACCGCCGCCAUCAACGCCGCCGCCAACAACACCCCAUCAUCGACACCACCACCAUCACCGCCGCAACCACACAGUCCUUGCAUCCUUCCGCGCACCUCGUCAUCACACCCGCCACCGUGAAAUCCGCCACCGUCACCGUCACCACCACUACUUGCCGCUGUUCGCUCCUUCCGUUCCGUUCGUCCCCGCAGUCGCUCCUUCAACCCACCGCCACCACCGUCCUCAUCAACAAGUCCGUUCCCGUCCCUAUCCUUCUGCGCACCUCCUCAGCUCCACCCGUCGCCGCCACCACCGCCACAUCCGCCAGCGCAACACCUUGCAGCUAUUCUUCCCUUCCGUCUCUU